UUGUGUUAACUAAAACCGCUCCCACGUGCCGGAAAUAACAGUGGAUUCCGUUGUGUUGAGACCGGGCAGUCCUGAAAUCUUACUGCUACCAAGACCAAUAACACGCAUAAUACUUCCAGCUUACUGAAUGCUAAACCGGCCAAGUGUAGUGGUACUAAAAGCGAAAGUUGUGUCAACUGGCAGUGCUCAAAAACCGUUGGCAUUCUCAUGUAAGGGGAUCCCCAUGGGGUUUUAACAUUGAAGGAUAUAACAGAUUGAGCUGUGCUCGAUACAUUGGAUCUCUUUAUCUACAUUCGUCACAACAAUGGCAGCACAACAGAAGUUCAGCAAAACAUCUUACAGUGCUAUACUUAAAAUCGACCCUGCAUUAAAGGAAUAUAUUGGAGAGGGGAUCCAAGCUCUUCUACAAAGUCAUUCGGUAUCAGACGACACAGUACAAAAAGCCUAUGAAGAAUAUGUCAAGCUGCUGAAUAAUUUUAAAGAGUUCUCUGAUAAGCAUCCCAAAGAGCGAGCUUCUAUGCUUAAUGUCCAAUUACGGGGACAGAUAGCUCUAAGUGACAAGGCGAUAGAGGAGUAUGAGCAAAGGGCACGUUCCCCACUUGUAAAGUUAAUGAAAACCAAACAACAGCAUACAGACUUCAACAAAGCCGUUUUGGAACUACAUGGCCUCGUAUCAGCAACACACAAACUAGAACAGAUAAAGAGUGGUGAUACCAAGAAAACAGAGAGACCAGCAUUUGGCCGUUCCCGUUCUAGGGAUGACGGUGUUGAACAGCCCUCCAGGCCCCCUUUACCGGUUACUGAUAUGGACACCGCUGACAAAGGUGAAGGGAAGAAAAAACCGCUCCCUCUGCCGGAGAAUCUGAGCAGUUCCAUGAUGCAGGGCCGGCAGAUAGCAUCCAUGCCCAUGAUAGAAUUCCAGCAAAUGGUCCGGAGGAUGGAGAGUCAACAGCGAGACAUCGACGAGAUGACAAGCAGACUGAGUCGGUUUGCCAGUAACCAAGUGACCCAGGGCAAUCCAAACAUAGCGGAUCUUAGUGACAAGAACCGUCCUACUAAAAUCGGCGAAAAGUUCGGGGGGUUGUAUGACGACGAAUGGUCAGAAGCUUUCGAAGCUUUUAAGACUUUAUUGAGAUUAGAAAAUGAGGAAGACGAACCGGAAAUAAUUAGCCAGCUUCUAAGAGUUGUUAAUUUAGCCCAAAUGUUUUGUGCCGACGUGGCUGGUGAACAACUGGAACAGUUAAAACUAAACCUAAAACGACCGAUACUGGAGGUGGCGGUCCCAUCGGCAGGGGGUAAACAGAGGGUAGCUCAAAAAUGUGAAGAAAACAAAGGUCUUCAAUCAACUUGCGAGAAAUAUGCACGGAAUUUUCGUAAAGAAUGUGCACUUCAGUGUGUGCCGGCCGUCAUUCAGCUAUUCAAAACAACACAGGUCAAAACAUCAUUUGAAUGGGCCAAGUCAAAUUACCCAGAGCAGAUUCACAAAUACGUUGAGCGGUGUGUCGAACUGGUAUGGUUGAUGAGUGUGCAGGACCCGCCAAUGUUCCUGGCCUCGGCGGACGCUGGCGACAAAGUCAGGACAGAUCUGUUUACCUACUACGGCCGUAAGGGCAGGACUGUGAGCGCCACCGUGUGGCCGGCGGUCCUUCUACACAGUGAUGGUCCUAUCAUCAGCAAAGGAUAUAUUAUUCCCCAGUGAUGCCAUAUCUUGUGACGUCACCAGAAAUAUUAUUAAUUUCACAGUGUAUAUACGGAAAGAUUUCGUAACGCUGUAGUUAAUAAGAUUCUCUAAAUGUAAAUAUGAAGAGAUAACAUUUUAACCAUGAUUUCUUUUACGAGAAAGCUAGUUUAUACGCUACAUUUAUGGUUUACAUAACGACCUUGACAUUAUCAUCUAUAACGUAUGUGUCUUGACAUGAUCAAUCAUUUCUGCAUGCGAACGAAAGAGUGUCAAAGUACAAGUCAUCAACAGUGUUAUUUUCAAGAAUAAUUCCGUUUCACGUCUUUUUAGGAAUGCUUGGACGGGUUUUCAUAACACAGGAAAGUCCUGAUGACUUGGUGUCUUUCUAGUCUCUAUAGAUAUCGUCUCUAAAUCGCAUGCGCUUAUAUUUGUCAGCACAUCAGUUUUGUUUUUGGGCAUUGAGUGUUGUAAAUCGAGAUGCCAUGUACGAUAAAAGAAGAAAAUAAAAACAGCGAGAUCGAAAUUUCAUGUGCAUGUCAAAAUAACAGUUCUUUAAUAGGAAUGUCAAAAUAACAAUUAAAAACCUUUAAAAAGAACA